AUGCCUCAUUCUUUUCUUAUCCUUCUCUCUCUCUUUCUCUUCUUCUCUUUCAUUUCUAGCCAAAAUCCUCCCUCCCCUGGCUACUUCCCAAGCAACCAAGUUCAAUCCAUUGCCUUCGAUCACGGCUUUCGAAACCGAUGGGGCUCGCAACAUCAAAAAGUCGACCAAGGAACCUUAACUAUCUGGCUCGAUAGUUCAUCAGGCAGUGGAUUCAAAUCCCUCAAUCGAUACCAAUCAGGCUACUUUGGAGCUGCCAUUAAGCUUCAUCCUGGCUACACUGCCGGUGUCAUCACUUCUUUUUAUCUAUCCAACAAUGAAGAUUACCCCGGAAACCACGACGAAAUCGAUAUCGAAUUCCUCGGAACGACGUCGGAUAAGCCAUAUGUUCUACAAACCAAUGUGUUUAUGAGAGGGAGUGGAGAUGGAAACAUCAUAGGAAGGGAAAUGAGAUUCCAUCUCUGGUUCGAUCCGACUCAAGAUUUCCACAAUUACGCCAUUUUAUGGACUCGAGAACAAAUCAUAUUCUUGGUAGAUGACGUACCGAUCAGGAGGUACGAGAAGAAAACCGAAGCGACAUACCCCGUGAGGCCAAUGUGGGUGUACGGGUCGAUAUGGGAUGCGUCGUCGUGGGCGACGGAGGACGGAAAGUACAAGGCUGAUUACAAAUAUCAACCGUUUAUCGGACGAUACAACAACUUCAAGCUAGGUGGUUGUGCUGCAGACGGGGCGGCGUCGUGCCAUCCGCUUAGCGGCGGACCGGGCAGCGGGAUGAGCCAGCAGCAGGAAAGGGCCAUGGAGUGGGUGCAGAGCAAUUACUUGGUGUACAACUAUUGCCAUGAUCCAAGAAGGGAUCAUACCUUAACACCUGAGUGUUGAUAAAAAAAAAGAUCACUUUUUUUUUUUUACCUUUUGGCAUUGAAAAACAGAAAAUAAUAGUUGGGUGUUUGUUAUUUGGAUCAAACAGAAGAAAAAAGUGAAAAAUGAUUUGAUUUUGUAAAGAAAAAAGUUGGGGGAUCUGAGAGAGAGGUCAAGAAAGAGAAAGUUUGUGUUGUUAGGCCCUCCGAGUCCUUCCAAGGAUUGGAUCGCUUUAUGAUUGUGUUUCUUUUUGUUUGCUUACUAUCAAUGGAAUAAAUGAAAUCAUCUUUUGGGUCCCAUGGAUUCUUUAAAGAUGCCAUUUCUAU